UGGCGGUACUUUCGCAUUAACAGCCGGUGCUGGGACCGGGGGAUGAGCUCCGAUCUGCCGCGAGGAACUUUACCGGGGGACGGGUCCUUUCUGACACGUGCAUAAAGGUCAGGUGCCUGCAUGGUAAGCAUAGAAUUUCAGAAGAAUGAGUUCAAGGAAUCUGGAGAAGGCACGGCCUCCGCAGUACUGCAGGCACUUCUUGGCAGACAAUGGCACAUUUCAUGUUGAAAGAUGUAUGAGUGUAAUGCAGUCUGGGACGCAGAUGAUCAAGCUGAAGAGUGGAACCAAGGGUUUGGUCCGUCUCUUUUACCUGGAUGAGCAUCGCACCUGCAUUAGAUGGAGACCGUCUCGGAAAAGCGAGAAAGCCAAAAUUAUAAUUGAUUCAAUUUACAAAGUCACAGAGGGACGACAGUCAGAAAUAUUCCAUCGGCAUGCAGACGGGAACUUUGACCCCAGUUGUUGUUUUACAAUUUACCAUGGAAACCACAUGGAGUCUCUUGAUUUGAUAACAUCGAAUCCCGAGGAGGCUCGAACUUGGAUUACAGGGUUGAAAUAUCUGAUGGCCGGAAUUAGUGAUGAAGAUUCACUUGCAAAAAGGCAAAGGACGCACGAUCAAUGGGUAAAACAGACAUUCGAAGAAGCUGACAAGAACGGCGAUGGGUUGCUGAAUAUAGAAGAAAUCUACCAACUCAUGCACAAGCUUAAUGUCAAUUUGCCUCGCAGGAAAGUCAGGCAGAUGUUCCAGGAAGCAGACACUGAUGAAAACCAAGGAACUUUAACCUUUGAAGAAUUCUCCGUGUUCUACAAGAUGAUGUCAUUACGGAGGGAUCUGUACCUGCUGCUUUUAAGCUACAGCGACAAGAAAGAUCACUUGACGGUCGAAGAACUUGCUCAGUUUCUGAGAGUGGAACAAAAGAUGAGUAAUGUGACGACGGAGUACUGCCUUGACAUUAUUCAGAAGUUUGAAGUUUCGGAGGAAAACAAGGAACAAAACGUGCUGGGAAUUGAAGGUUUUACCAGUUUCAUGAGAAGUCCUGCUGGGGACAUCUUUAACCCGUUGCAUAGUGAGGUCUACCAGGACAUGGAUCAACCACUCUGCAACUACUAUAUUGCUUCAUCCCAUAACACUUACUUAACUGGGGACCAACUUCUUUCUCAGUCGAAAGUAGAUAUGUAUGCCUGGGUGUUGCAAGAUGGCUGCCGGUGCAUAGAGGUUGACUGUUGGGAUGGACCAGAUGGAGAGCCAGUGGUGCAUCAUGGGUACACACUCACCUCGAAAAUUCCCUUUAAGGAUGUUGUUGAGGCCAUCAACAAGCAUGCCUUUGUGAAAAAUGAGUAUCCCGUGAUACUCUCUAUUGAAAAUCACUGCAACAUUCAACAGCAAAGAAAGAUAGCUCAGUACCUUAAAGAAAUAUUUGGUGAUAAACUUGACUUGUCAUCAGUUCCAGUUGGAGAAUCCAAGCAGCUUCCCAGUCCCCAAGCUCUGAAGGGAAAAAUACUUGUAAAGGGGAAGAAAUUGCCAUAUGACUUGGCAGAGGAUGUUGAAGAAGGAGAGGUCUCCGAUGAAGACAGUGCUGAUGAGAUAGAAGAGGAAUGCAAACUAAGCCACUGUUUUAGCAACGGUACAACAGAGCAUCAGGUGGAGUCUUUCAUAAGGAAAAAACUGGAGUCCUUACUGAAGGAAUCGCAAAUCAGAGACAAGGAAGAUCCCGACAGCUUUACUGUGAGAGCAUUAUUAAAGGCAACACACGAAGGCCUGAAUGUGAACCUGAAACAGAAUUCAGACAAAAAAGAUCGAGAGAAAUCCAAAAGGUCUUCGAUGGGUAACAUCACUAAACACAAGCGGACUUCAAAAUCGAGGUCAAAAUCAUGCAGCACAGAUGAAGAGGAAGAUCCCCCUCCGAAGGAAGCAGGACAGAUGCACAGAUUGGGCCGACGAAGGAAGACCAUGAAACUGUGUCGAGCUUUAUCAGAUCUGGUUGUCUACACAAACUCAGUGGCUGCACAGGACAUUAUAGAUGAUGGCUCUGGAGGAAAUGUUCUGUCCUUCAGCGAAACAAGAGCCCAUCAGGUGGUUCAACAGAAAUCAGAACCGUUUAUGUUAUACAACCAGAAACAACUCACCAGGAUUUAUCCAUCUGCGUACAGGAUAGACUCUAGCAAUUUUAAUCCCGUGCCAUAUUGGAAUGCAGGGAUUCAGCUGGUGGCCCUAAACUAUCAAACAGAGGGACGCAUGAUGGAAUUAAACCGUGCAAAAUUCAAGGUGAAUGGUAAUUGUGGAUACGUCCUUAAACCUCAACAGAUGUGCAAAGGUGUGUUUAAUCCAUUUUCUGGAGAUCCCCUUCCUGCCAGUCCUAAAAAACAACUUAUUCUUAAAAUUAUAAGCGGACAGCAGCUACCGAAACCCCCAGAUUCAAUGCUAGGAGACAGAGGAGAGAUCAUUGACCCUUUUGUAGAAGUUGAAAUUAUUGGACUGCCCGUGGACUGUUGCAAGGAGCAAACUCGAGUGGUCGAUGACAACGGUUUUAAUCCAGUGUGGGAAGAGACCCUCACCUUUACCGUUCACAUGGCGGACAUAGCAUUGGUACGGUUUUUAGUGUGGGACCACGAUCCGAUUGGUCGGGAUUUCGUUGGACAAAGAACUGUGGCUUUCAGCAGCCUCAUGCCUGGAUAUCGCCACGUUUACUUAGAAGGUCUGACCGAAGCUUCCAUAUUUGUCCAUGUCACUAUUAAUGAGAUAUAUGGCAAAUGGAGCCCCUUAAUCCUCAAUCCAAGUUAUACUAUAUUGCACUUUUUAGGAGCUACAAAGAACAGACAGUUUAUUGGUCUUAAAGGGCUUUUUCAUAAGAAUUCCAAGCACAGUUCAGUUGAAAGCAAUGGUCACGUACGGAAAAGAUCAAUCGGAGACCGCAUCUUGAGACGUACUGCCAGUGCACCAGCAAAAGGCAGAAAGAAAACCAAGAUGGUAUUUCAAGAAUCUACAGAGAGUAAAGACAUUAGCUGUGAGGUAUCAGGUGCUAAAGAAAAAGAAACUGUGCUCAGGAGAACUUCCAGGAGCCUACAAGCACGCCCUGUAUCAAUGCCUGUGGACAAGCUCCUUCUUGGGCCUUUUGAACCUUCAACGUCAAAUACUUCAAAAGAUACCAAAAUGCAUGACCCAUCUUCAGGAGGAUUGGAUGGUAAAGUCAGAAGAAAGUUGUUUAUAGAAGAUUUGGAUUUUCCGAUUCCUGAAAAUAAUUCACCUGCACCAUUUUCUGCAUGUACUUCUAAAGAUUUGUGCCAGACUAAAGCUACAUGUAACAAACCCAUUGUACAUAAAAAAUGGAAGAGUUUACACUUAGACUAUGGGAAGCGGAGUGAUGAUGAAGAUAUUAGAGAGUUUAAUGAUACCUUUACCAGUGAAUCGGAUGACGAAAAUGAAAAACCAAAACAGAAUGGCUCCAUGUUUCAAAUACCUGGAGAAAACAAAGCAUCAGAUUAUGAUAUGAAAGUUGAAUUAUUUUCGAUUACUGCUUUAUCAAGUACCAUGUGCUCAGACAUCAAUAAUCUACAAUCCACGGUAGCUGUGAUGGAAAAUGAUAUUUCCCAUAUUAUAAAUGAGUUACCUUCUGUUACUCAGAGUGAGCUUGGAAGCUCAGUGUCUGCGCUAAUCAAGCAGUUUGACCUCACCGAAGACAAAACCAAUUUGACUUGUGUCUCAAGUUUACAACACCCAAGUAGCCACACCAAGUUUAGUGAAUACUCUGAGAUUUUCACACCUGGCAUCUACACACCUAAAAAGUCCAUGUCGGGUUUGAAGCUGGGAAAAAAUGUAUACUCAACAGCUGAAACUACUGUCUUCUCUAGGCCAGAAGCAAGUGAAUAUUCAGUCUACACAAUUAUUCAUGAAGAAGACCUUCCUCAUGAUGCUAGUUGCUCAUUGAUGGAUGCAAAUCAAUUAAGUCGUUCGGAACAUAACGUCAGAAGUUCACCUUGCAGAUCCCCCUAUCCUGAAUUAAAACCAAACCCAGCCAAAAUACGACAAGCGAGUUCAGAAAGUCAAGUGAAUUGUGGUUCAUUUGCUUAUACUAACAGGAUCCAGCCUGAUAGAUCUCAAAGUCCCAGUAAAAGUGCUGCAAAUGGUAAUACAUCCCAAUUUUCAAUAAAUUCAAGUGCCAAAGAUAAAAGGCAACGCUUGCCUUGUUUGGCAGAAAAACAGACACUAAACAUAGAUAAACAUCCAAAGAAAAUCUUCCAAAAUUAUACAUUACACACAGAUGUCCAUGGGGCUACAUCAUAUGGGCUUUCAACCAGUCAUGUGUCCGUCAGACAACAAGAUUCUGACCAGCUUUAUCAACAUCAAGAAUUUUAUCAAAAGCAACAUAUGUGUGUUCCCCAAAGGGCCAGAAUGAAGAGCUGCAACAUGUCCACAUUCAACAAUUCCAGUGUUGGAACAUUCCAAGGUAACAAGGAACCCAGUACAUGCAAAUCAAAAAGUCUUGGUGAUCUGACAUCAGAUGACAUUUCUUGUACUUUUGACAGCAAAUACAAACGAAUCAACAGGGGCUUUCUCUCAUCGGGCAUUGUGGAGGAAAAUGCAUUUUUGGCAAAAAGUAGACCUCAAUCCACGGAUACAUUGACAGAACAGUUGCGUAAAUUGAUGCUGUUUGACAAAGACGACUGUAGUAAAUCAUCUGUUUGUGAAGAUGAAGAUGAUCCUAAACCUCUAACCCGAAAGCUGUCCUCUAGAAGUCAAAGCAGGGUCAGGAACAUUGCUAACCGUGCCAAGGAACGCCAGGAGGCCAAUAAGCAAAAACACAGCAAUCCCAACCUUAAUGGAGUUGUUCUUCGAAACAAACCACCUACACCUUCUCAGACUAUAAACAGACAUUCCACUGGCUCUUAUAUAGCAGGGUACUAUAACAACAUUAACAGAGAGAGCCUUGAAAGGAGAGGCAUACCAGAGGGUGCAUGUACUUCUCAAACAUAUAGAUAUAAUGAUCCCUUUUGUAUAGAUCAUUUCAAUUAUCAGACUGAGCCAAGCAAUACUGAUGAACCUGAAAUAUAUUUCCUACUAAGACUGUAAAUUGUAUACGGUCCCCCAAUUCUGUGUUGUUUACAAGAUGGACAGUUUUAUUAGAAAGUGCUCCUGUUGAGCUUUUAACAGCUUGACUAUCACAGAGGUGAGCAAUGCACAGUGUUAAGAUAUUUUGUUCAUUCCUCUGGCCUUCAAAGGGUUAAGUUACACUGCAACUUUUAUUUUUUUUUAUCAUGUAGUCUUCCUUUGGGUGCCACUGGAGAAUGCGACAAAUGCCAUGGCAAUCCAUUAGGCACAACUAUACCACUUAGUGGUUAAAACCGCUCUUAAUGUUGACAACUGUGUAAAUAUAAUCUUGUACUUUUUCAUAUACAUGUGUCAUUUUUAAUUAAAAUUUUAUUUGGGGAAAAAAAUACGUAACUGUGCAUGCAAUCAGCCUGAAAGCUCAUGGUGUGUAAUAUGUAAUGUGCAUGUACAGUUAAACUGAACAAUUUAGUAAAUUUGCACAUAUCAACUGAUAUACCAUUGCAAUAAAAUAUGAAAUCCCC